CCUUCAAUCUUUCUUCAAUAUCUCAAAAGUUUCUUCCAUUACAAUGACCAUGGAACCAAACCCAACAUCAGAUCACAUUCUAGACUGGAUUGAAGGUUCUGUCUCUUUCUUUCCAUCAUUCUUGGAUAAUCCUUAUGACUCAAGUGACAUCCAUGAUUAUCAAUUAUGGGAUCAAGGCCAAGACAUAAGCCUGUACCAAACCGAUGCCAAUACAGAUUCCUCUAAAGCUAUCAACAACAACAACAACAACAACACAAUUGCUGCUGCUGCUGCUGCUAGUACAACCAGCACAACACCCCUUGAGCCUUAUGAUUCUAAUACCCCAACACUUUCUGAUUUGCCCAAGAAAAGAAAUGCCGCUGAUGAACCAAGUCUCAAACCAUCACAAAACCACAAGCACAAGAGAAUCAAGAGCCGUCCAAUGAAUGAAGCUGACAAUGGAGAUGCUGUUGUUGAAGGGACAACAGUUAGAAAAUCUGGUGGGAACAAGAAAGGUGCAUCCAAGGCCAACGGAAAUAACUGUAACAAUGGAAACAACAAGGAGGGUAGGUGGGCAGAGCAAUUGCUCAACCCUUGUGCUAUAGCCAUAACUGGUGGAAACCUGAACCGUGUGCAACACCUCUUAUAUGUUCUCCACGAGCUAGCAUCACCUACUGGUGAUGCAAACCACAGGCUUGCAGCACAUGGUCUUCGAGCACUGACACACCAUCUAUCUUCUACUCCAUCAUCUACUUCUUCAGGGCCUAUAACUUUUGCAUCUACAGAACCAAGGUUCUUUCAAAAGUCACUACUGAAGUUCUAUGAGGUUAGCCCUUGGUUUUCUUUUCCUAAUAACAUAGCAAAUGCUUCCAUCCUUCAAGUUCUUUCAGAAGAGCCAGAUAAUUCACGUACCCUUCACAUCCUUGACAUUGGUGUCUCUCAUGGUGUGCAAUGGCCAACAUUUCUAGAGGCCUUGAGUCGUCGACCUGGUGGACCUCCUCCACUGGUUCGUCUCACAGUGGUUACUGCUUCUUCCUCCACUGAAAAUGACCACAAUAUGGAGACCCCAUUUUCAAUAGGUCCACCUGGUGAUAACUUCUCUUCUAGACUCCUUGGUUUUGCUCAGUCCAUGAAUGUCAAUUUGCAGAUAAACAGGCUUGAGAAUCAUCCAUUAGAGACAUUAAAUUCUCAAAGUAUUGGCACUUCCCCGGAUGAAACUUUUAUUGUCUGUGCACAGUUUAGGCUGCAUCACUUGAAUCACAACACUCCUGAUGAAAGGAGUGAGUUUCUGAAGGUUUUGAGGAACAUUGAGCCGAAAGGGGUGAUAUUAAGUGAGAACAACAUGGAAUGUUGCUGCAGUAGUUGUGGGAAUUUCGCCACUGGGUUCUCUCGGAGAGUGGAGUACUUAUGGAGGUUUUUGGAUUCCACAAGCUCAGCUUUCAAGGGUCGUGAGAGUGAUGAAAGGAGGGUGAUGGAAGGUGAAGCUGCAAAAGCAUUGACAAACCAGCGUGAGAUGAAUGAAGGGAAAGAAAAAUGGUGUGAGAGAAUGAAAGAAGCAGGGUUUGUUGGGGAAAUAUUUGGAGAGGAUGCCAUCGAUGGAGGUCGAGCUUUGUUAAGGAAGUACGAUAAUAAUUGGGAGAUGAAAGUAGAAGAGAACAAUUCAAGUGUGGGAUUAUGGUGGAAGGGACAACCUGUUUCUUUCUGUUCUUUGUGGAAGCUGGAUGGGAACGACCAGGGUAAGACAAGUUCCACAUUGACAUCUAAACUUUAA